AUGGAGUGGAUAUGUGUAAUUCUUUUGCUUUUCAGUGGGAUUUAUUUAGCUUUUACACAAUUCAGUGGAUUCAACUGUGAUCCAACCUACCACAGCAGGUUUCCUGGUGAGAGAGAUAUUAGUGUUUACUGUGGUGUACAGACAAUCACACUAAAGAUUAACCUAUGCCCUGUGCUGUACUCUGGAUACACUGAUGCUGACCUGGCACUGAAUGGUCGUCAUGGAGAUGCCCAAUGUCGAGGCUUCAUCAACAACAACACCUUCCCCACAGCUGUGCUCUUCAGCAUCAGUCUGAGCACUCUGGAGGCCUGUGGGAACACGCUGGUGGUUUCUACAGCUCAGGGCAAUAAUGCUUAUGGGAAUAUCUCCAUGGUGCAGAUGGGGAGUAUAUCGGGCUACAUUGACACCCAUGACCCUCCUACUGUCAUCAGCUACCUGCCAGGUCUGGUGUAUAAAUUCAGCUGCAGUUAUCCUCUGGAGUAUCUGCUCAACAACAGCCAGCUUGCAUCCUCAUCUGCUGCAAUAUCAGUAAAGGACAACAAUGGCACUUUCCUAAGCACUCUCAGUUUAGUUCUUUACAAUGACUCAACCUUUAGUCAGCUAAUCUCUAUACCAGUGGCUGGCCUGUCUUUGAAGACUCGCGUGUUUGCUGCAGUUAAGGCUACAAAUCUGGACAGGAGGUGGAAUGUUCUAAUGGAUCACUGUUACGCCACCCCCUUUGGGAACCCUAAUGAUGAGAUACGCUAUGACCUUUUCUUUGGGUGUUACAAGGAUCCACAGACUACAGUUUUUGAGAACGGAAAGAGUCAGAUAGGCCGCUUUGCAUUUGAAGUCUUCCGUUUUGUAAAACAUAAGAACCAGAAGAUGUCCACUGUGUUCUUGCACUGUGUCACCAAGCUGUGUCGAGUAGAUGACUGCGCAAUGUUAAUGCCGAUCUGUGGAAAGCGCAGGAGGCGAGAUACUGUGGAUGAUCAUGUAGUGUCGGGUUCAUCCUCUGGGGAUGCAGUCAUAACUGCAGGCCCAAUAAUCACUAGAAGUGAUGAAACUCCAACCAACAACUCACAACUUGUGAACAAUUCCUCCCAGCAGCUGAAUGCUGUAACAAGUGCUUUGAUAUCGGGUGUGGUCGUGCUGGGCGUGAUGAUUCUGGGCCUCUUCAUCCUGUCCCUCAGGCUGCUCAGGAAACCCAGCCCUUCAGGUCUGACAUGGGUCUGGAACCCCAGCUUCAGAUGA